AUGGUGAUCAUGGAGAAGAAAACGCAGAGUAGAAGGAAGAUUGAAAUGAAGAAAAUAAAAAAAUUGAGCAACAGGCAAGUGACUUUUUCCAAACGUCGAGUCAGUCUUUUCAAGAAAGAGAGCAAAAUCUGUGUUCUGACCGGCACUGAAGUCGCCAUUGUCAAAAUCUGUGUUCUGACCGGCACUGAAGUCGCCAUUGUCGUACAAUCCUUGACCGGCAAACGCGUCUUUACUUUUGGGCACUCCAGCGUGAAUUCCAUAAUUGCUCGGAUCAAGAAUGAAAUUACAUAUGAUGGGUCUGCGAAAAACUACAACAAAACGCCAGAUUAA